AUGACUCCUACCAAAGACAAUCCGCCAGCUUCGCCACCGGCAGUUGACGAUGGACUCUUGGCAUUGCAGGCAGCUCAUCAUGACGGUCUCAAACAAAUCAAUAAGAACUUCAAAAAGGACUCUUGUGCCAGGAAAACUAAAGCCUACUGCCAAGUCCGGCUAGAUAAGGUUGAGCUGCUGCAUAAAGAAUUCUUUGAAGGUCACAAAACCCUUGUUUGCUCUUCUCUGAGUCGCGAUUCACCAUAUUUUAAAGAUUCAGCGGCAUCAAAAUUUGAGGAUCUCUACUUCGACUUGCGUGCUGCACUGUUAGAUGCCUUGGAAGAGCAACAGCCUAAAUCAACGCAAGGCGCUCCUCCGAACCCAUCUGCGGGGCAUAUGCAAACGUCGUCGCUUGAACUACCGAAAUUACCCCUGCCAUUAUUCACUGGAAAGUACACAGACUGGCCAACUUUCCACGAUGCCUAUAUUCGCUUAAUUCAUAACAAUUCGAGUUUGAGUAUGAUCCACAAGUUCCAUUUUCUGAAAAGGGCGCUACCUGAUGAUAAAGACCUCGAUGUGCAGCAAAUGGAUCUUACCGAAACUAACUAUCCUACAGCCUGGGAGUUAAUAGUAAAGCGGUACAAUAACCCUCGACUUCUUUUCAUGCACCACAUGAACAAGCUGUUCAGCAUAUCUACGCUUACGAAAGAGCAGUCGGAUGGGAUUAAAUCACUUCUAAACGCGGCCAGGGUGUGCAUCAAUGAGUUCCAGCGACUAAAAAUUCCUAUUUCCGACUGUGACCACUGGAUUGCCUACUACGUAUCAAUGCAGCUCCCUAAAGAGACGCAUCAGGCAUGGGAACAUCAUUUAGGUAGUAACACUUCAAUUCCAACCUUUACCGCACUUGAAUCGUUUUUAAAUGAUCGCUUAGUUACAAUUAACGUGAUCGAAAACAGGCAGCGUCACAUUGAUGCGCCAUCAUCCUCAAAGCCUAACCCGUCAGCUCAUUCGCCAGAGAAACGCAGCAGUUGGAAAGCGAAUCAGUCAAUCAGCAGAAGCUUUCAUGUAACCGCCCAACCAAAAGGGGCAGGUUCGUGUUACCUAUGUGGUGAUACUCACAUAUUGCGCCGUUGCUCGACUUUCCUGACUAAGGACUGUUUCGAGCGCAAAGCUAUUGUUGACCGCGCAAAAUUAUGUUUAAAUUGCCUUAGCAACUCGCACAGAGCUGCUCAGUGUCCCAGCACAAAAAAUUGCCUUCAGUGUGGACAAAGACACCACACCUUGUUGCACUUUCCGAAAUCAGCUCCACAAACCGAUGGAGCUUCAGCAGCACAACCACAGCUGAAUCCCACAGCUCUGCCUUUCCGACGUGAAAGCACAUUUAGUUCAACCACCACAGCCUCAAAGGCAGCAAAUUCUGCUUUUGUAGCAACAACAACUACAGAAAAACCAGGGCGACAGGUUCUUCUAGCAACUGCAAUGGUAAUUAUAGUGAAUAACGUCACUGGUCAAACAGAAAUUAUACGCGCUCUCAUUGACAAUGGCUCCGAAGCAACGAUAAUCUCGGAACACGCCGCUCAAACCGUUGGCUUGACUCGCACUCGAACUUCAGCGGAAAUCUCCGGGGUGACCGGCACCCCCUCAAAACAUUGUAACUUUACUGUCAGUUUUAGCAUUCGCUCAUGUAUCAAUCCUGAUUUUCACACUGAAAUAGACGUAGCCUACGUUCUUAAUUCGCUCGCUAUCCAUCUACCCAGUGAGAAAAUUGUGGCGCAGCAAUGGCCGCACAUACUUGGCCUGCAACUCGCUGAUCCCACUUAUUUCCAAUCCCGCCGUAUAGACUUGCUCCUCGGAGCCGAUAUGAUGGCCCGUAUCAUGUUACCCGAAACUCGCAUCGGAAGGUUCGACGAACCAAUCGUACAACGCACACAAUUGGGGUGGAUCUUGACCGGAAAUGUAACGCCAGUUUCCAAACGCUCAACAAGCAUUCGCUGUCACCACUCCACGCUUCAACUUGAAUCUCUCGUUCAAAGGUUUUAUGAACAUGAACAAAUACCUGAGGACCGAGCAUUAUCUCUCGAAGAAAACUGGUGUGAAAACCAUUUUCUGCAAACACAUUUGCGUCAACCCAAUGGCAAGUAUUUGGUAAGACUUCCAUUAAAGCAUUUGUUUGAUGAAACUCAAACACUUGGCAAGUCUAAGCAAACAUCACUAAAUCGUUUUUAUUGCCUAGAGCGCAAACUUCAACGCGACGAGAAAAUGUGCAAGCUUUACAGCGAAUGCAUCCAUGACUACUUCGUAUUAAAUCAAAUUACGCCCGCUACAACAACGGAGAGCGAUCACUGCACCUUCACUCCGGCGACUACUCCAACGGUGACAUCGUGCGUUCUGCCGCAUCAUGCGGUGCUUAAAGAAGAGAGCUUAACGACUAAGUUACGCAUUGUUUUCGAUGCUUCGUGUAAGACGACGAAUGGCAGAUCUUUGAAUGAUGUUUUGUGCACUGGCCCGGCGCUGCAAAUGACUUGUCGGCAGUAA